GCCGGCUGGAAGGAGCUGCGCCAUUGGCUCCAGUGCCUCCCUCUCAUUGGUCCGCGAGAGGAAAGGCGCGUCCCGCCCCCCGCAUCUUAUAGGUCCUCCCGGCUGCUCGUCCGGAGCGUGAGGUUCUGAGUGGGUGAAGCGGCGGUCCCUGGAAACAGUUCCGGGAAACCCCGCGUGUUGCCGGGGUCGCGCCGCCGUCCAUGAGGAGAAGGAGGAGCGCGCGCCAUUUGCCGUCGCUGCUUCGGCCCGAGCUGCGCCGCGCAGGCCCCGCUCCGCCUAAUAGAAUGGCUAAUCAGGUGAAUGGUAAUGCGGUACAGUUAAAAGAAGAGGAGGAGCCCAUGGACACUUCCAGUGUAACUCACACAGAGCACUGCAGGACACUGAUACAGGCAGGCCUCCCCCAGAGCGUGGCAGAGAGACUUGAUGAAAUAUUUCAGACAGGCUUGGUAGCUUAUGUCGAUCUUGAUGAAAGAGCCAUUGAUGCUCUUAGGGAGUUUAAUGAAGAAGGAGCCCUGUCUGUGUUACAGCAGUUUAAAGAGAGUGACCUGUCGCAUGUCCAGAACAAAAGUGCAUUUUUAUGUGGAGUUAUGAAGACCUACAGGCAAAGAGAGAAACAAGGCAGCAAAGUGCAGGAGUCAACCAAGGGACCAGAUGAAGCCAAGAUUAAGGCUUUGCUGGAGAGAACCGGUUACACUUUGGAUGUGACUACGGGCCAGAGGAAAUAUGGGGGACCCCCCCCAGAUACCGUGUAUUCCGGGGUGCAGCCCGGGAUCGGAACUGAGGUUUUUGUGGGUAAGAUUCCCCGAGACCUGUAUGAAGAUGAACUGGUGCCACUGUUUGAGAAAGCCGGUCCCAUCUGGGACCUGCGCCUCAUGAUGGAUCCUCUCUCCGGGCAGAACAGAGGUUACGCCUUCAUCACCUUCUGCAGUAAAGACGCGGCGCAGGAGGCGGUCAAGCUGUGUGACAACUAUGAAAUCCGUCCUGGGAAGCACCUCGGGGUUUGCAUUUCGGUGGCAAACAACAGGUUAUUUGUUGGGUCAAUUCCAAAGAACAAGACUAAGGAAAACAUAUUGGAAGAGUUCGGUAAAGUUACAGAGGGUUUGGUGGAUGUAAUCUUGUAUCAUCAACCCGACGAUAAAAAGAAGAAUCGCGGCUUCUGCUUCUUGGAAUACGAGGAUCACAAGUCGGCAGCACAAGCUCGACGCCGACUCAUGAGCGGGAAGGUGAAAGUCUGGGGGAACGUUGUGACGGUGGAAUGGGCUGAUCCGGUGGAGGAGCCUGACCCCGAGGUCAUGGCCAAGGUCAAAGUUUUAUUUGUAAGAAACUUGGCCACGACCGUGACGGAAGAAAUUCUGGAGAAAUCCUUUUCGGAAUUUGGCAAGCUGGAAAGAGUAAAGAAGCUGAAGGAUUACGCGUUUGUUCAUUUUGAGGACAGAGGCGCAGCAGUGAAGGCUAUGAAUGAAAUGAACGGCAAAGAGAUAGAAGGGGAAGAAAUUGAAAUAGUGUUAGCAAAGCCGCCGGAUAAGAAAAGGAAAGAACGCCAGGCUGCCAGACAGGCCUCCAGGAGCACUGCGUACGAAGAUUAUUAUUACUACCCUCCGCCUCGCAUGCCACCUCCUCUUAGAGGCCGAGGCCGCGGGGGCAGAGGCGGCUAUGGCUACCCCCCCGAUUACUAUGGCUAUGAAGAUUAUUACGAUGAUUACUAUGGCUACGACUACCACGACUACCGCGGUGGCUACGAAGAUCCCUAUUACGGCUAUGAUGAUGGCUACGCUCUCCGAGGAAGAGGAGGAGGAGGAAGGGGUGGGAGAGGUGCCCCCCCCCCACCUCGGGGCCGGGGGGCACCACCCCCGAGAGGUAGAGCUGGUUAUUCCCAAAGGGGGGCACCCAUGGGACCGCCCAGAGGAGCGCGGGGGGGGAGAGGGGGCCCUGCGCAGCAGCAGCGAGGCCGCGGCGCCCGCGGGGCCAGGGGCAACCGCGGGGGCAACGUGGGAGGCAAGAGAAAGGCGGAUGGGUACAACCAGCCCGACUCCAAGCGCCGUCAGACCAACAACCAGCAGAACUGGGGCUCCCAACCCAUCGCGCAGCAGCCGCUCCAGCAAGGUGGUGACUAUGCGGGUAACUAUGGUUACAAUAAUGACAACCAGGAGUUUUAUCAGGAUACGUACGGGCAGCAGUGGAAGUAGACAAGUGAGGAGGGAUUUGAGAGGAUUGGAAACGUAGAAUUGGCUCUAGCUCCACAUCCUUCAAAAAAACCACCAAAAAUUGGCUUAAUGUCUCAUCCUUCGGUAGAGAUUGGCUGCCGUUUGUAUUGGGCUGAAGAAUCACUCUAUUGUGUAUAUACUCGAGUCUCUUAGUUUUCUUUUUUCCAUAACCGCACUUGGACAUUACUGGGCUUGCAGAAUUCCUGAACUCCAUACGGGGUUUUGACGCUUUUAUCAUUUUAGGCUUCAUUUUAGCAGUUUAAAAGCAGGAAUGGCACACUGUUCAAUCAUGAUUUUGCAGAACCUCUGGUUUUGGACAGUUUUUUUUUGGAUUUGGGAUAGACUACAUAGGAGUAUGCUGUACAUAAAAGUAAAAGCUAGUGCUUUGUCUUAGUAGUUUUAAGAAAUUACAACAAAUUAAGUUUUCUUGUAUUGAAAAUAACAUGAUUGUAUGUUUUGCAUUCCUAGAAGUAGGUUAACUGUGUUUUUAAAUUGUUAUAACUUCACACCUUUUUGAAAAUCUGCCCUACAAAAUUUGUUUGGCUUCAAACGUCAAAGCCGUGGCAAUUUGUUCCUUGAUGUGAUUGUAUUUCCAAUUUCUUGUUCAUGUAAGAUUUCAAUAAAACUCAAAAAUCUAUUCAAAACAUCA